UGCGUUGUAUUGCUUUUGACAGAACAAGGGAAAAUGGAGGAAAGAACAAACAACGUCGUACUGUGGCUGAGCGCUAGGCAACCUGUUGCGCAAAACAUUACAAUUUACAACUGAUGACUAUUAACUCCACAGCCACCUAUCUUCUUCUUCUUCUUCUUCUUCUUUCUGACCCCCCUCCAGGCGCCACCAUUAUUCUCCCCCAUCUUCCUCCCACACACACACUUUCAGAAGCAACCAAGUAUUAAGGGGAAAAAAGCAAUUAUGAAAUUGAAAACCCAUCAUCAUCCUCAGCCAAAGCUCAAAACUCAACUCUUCUCCUGCGGCUUCUUUCGCCACUGCGCUCAGAGCGUCCUCAGCCCCACUGGCGCUUCCCUUCCCCUUCCUCACACUCCUUCAACCCCACCGGCGCCUCCGCCUCCACCACCGCACCUUCAUUCAAAACCAGAAUGUGAAUCCUCCACUACCUCCUCCUCCUCCUCCUCCGCAACCUCCCAGAGCUUCACCCAGUGGAGGUUCUCUCUUCCCACCUCCGCCCCUACUCCACCUCAGCCUCACACUCCUCCCCAUGCCCACCAACCCCAGCCGUCUCCCCCAUCUCACCACCCCAUCCUCUGCCUCAACCUUCAAGAACUCUUCCACCUCUCCGAGCUCCAACUCAGCUCCGCUUCUGACUCCGAUCGCCUCUCCGCCCUCCACCUUCUAGAGCGUUCCCUAGUCCCCAAUCCACCCCAAGAUCAGCCUCCAUGUCCCCCGGAGUUGAUGCGCGGGGUCAUCUCCAAUUUAAGAAAUCCCACCGGGGCCAAACCCGCGACCAAGAUACUGUUCGCGCUUUGCUUGGCCGAAGGGAACCGGCGCAUCGCGGUGGAGGCUGGGGCGGUGGGUGCUGUGAUCGAGUCGGCACUGGAGCUGGAUGGGCCACCGGCGGAGAGGGCGCUGGCUGCGCUAGAGCUGAUGUGUACGGUGACGGAGGGUCAAGAGGAGGCUAGAGCCCACGCGCUCUCGGUGCCCGUGAUGGUCACGAUGAUGGGCAAGAUGGGGGCACGUGGGAAGGAGUACGCUAUUGGCGUUCUGGCAGUUAUUUACAGCGGCGUGGUGGGAGAUCAGCAGACAGCGCCGCCGGAAGAGGUGGCGCGUGCGGUGGAGCUUGCACUGCAAGGGGAAUGCAGCGCGAGGGGGAGGAGGAAGGGGGCCCAACUGUUGAAGACACUGCAUGAUUACGGACAGCCUGAACUUACUACUGAAGAAGGAAGAUAGACUCUUUAUCAUCUGUGGCUUUAAUUAAUAUCGUCGAAGACUUCGCCGGCCAAAUUGGAGGGCAUUUUGAAACCGUCGGCUGUGCUUCAUAUUAACCGACCGUCUUGUUAAAACUGAAUUUUUUGACCGCAGCUUAGUGUUGUUAUUUAUAUGUCGUGUGUAUUUGCCCCAACCCCAAGUUUAUUUUCCUUCACUUUCCCCUGCCAACGUGUUUUAGUCUACUAUUAUGAUAUACAUAUUUUGUUGUUUCCA